UUUAAUUUUACACCAAGGAGAAGAUUCGGAUGUAUUUUUAACUGUAACUAAUACUGUCUUAUCUUUGUUACAGAUAACCAUUGGAUGGGAAUAAUGUGCUAAGUGACAAAGUGACAAAGUGCCAGUGUAGUGUAGUGUAGUGGCAUGUGUCAGUGAUCGUCAUGAGUGAAGUGAGGCAGGCGGAGCCACGGCUCUGAAUGAUAGCUGACGCAGAAGGCGUGUUAUGGAUAAGGAAGGGCCGGAUGGGGGCGACGCGGCAGGGAAGGCGCCGCCCGAUGGCCUGCUCGAUGCCGCGAACUUAUUUGGUGCAUACUGGGGCCGCGAUGGCAGCGGCGGGGGCGCGGCGGCGGCCCAAGCUGCGCAGGCGCAGGCCGCGCUCUUCGGUUUCGGCUCCCGUUACCCGCCGCCCACCACUCUCGGGGUGGCCGCCAACCAAGCGGCUUCACUUGGUCUGCAUCCAGCUGCCAGUAAGUACCAAGGUGCAGCCUGGUGGUCGAUGGCGUCACACCUAGCGGCCCAGGACUACCUAGCCCGCCUGCAGGCAUCCGGGCUAAACUUCCCACCACUGGCCGACCCUUACGCAGCGCUGUCUGCCCUCAGCGGUGGAGCAGGGCUCAAGCAACCGCCCAAACCUGGGAAACUGUCUAGUCGGAAUGAGAGGUCAGGCAGAAGCAGUACAUCCUCGAGCGCGUCCACGAAGGACAAGUCUCCAUCAACAAGCAGCACCAACUCGCAGAACAUGAGUGAGUGGGGAUCAUCAUACGGUCUCCCGAAGACGUCCUCUCCAUCUGCGAUGCACUCCCACUCACAGUCGCUGUCCAGCCUCGCGUCUCUCAACAGUCUGGUGUCGGCCUCCCACCAGAGCAAGCCCAGCAGUAAGCCAACGCCACCGCCAUCUAAGAAGCCUUCAUCCUCGUCGUCCAGCUCCAAGGGUAAGGAGCGCGAGCUUGCGCUGCUGCGCGGGGACCUGAUGCUGGCGCAGGCCGCCGCGCACGGCGCCUACCACGCCGCUGUGGCCGCCGCCGCCAAGGGGAAGAACAUGUCUCCGCUAUACCCGUUCGGCAUGCCGGGGUCAGACAAGGAUGGAAGGCAUGGGGGCAUCGACUCUCUCACCGGCUUACCCCAUACCAUACUUAGUGCCGCUCUAGAGGGAGGUGAUCCGUCGUCAGUACUUGGUGGGGUAAGACUGCCUCCCGAUACUGAAAUCAUUAAGUAUACGUCAUCUUUAGCCGGACCGAAGGUUAAGGCACAUCAGUCGUCCGGCAGCAGUACCCGCGGCCGCAAGAAGACCAUCUCGCUGGACCCGCCGCACGUCAGCCUGCACCCGGCGGACAGGGCCGCGCCGCUGCCCAGCAAGAGGCCCAAGCUGGACGAGUACGGCCCCCGCUCGUCGGUGGAGGUGAUCCGCCUCCCCAGCAAGCCGGAGCGGGCCGCGCACGCGCCGCUGGCCGGCACGCCGCCGCCCAGCCUCACCGACUACGCCGGUAUAUCCCGCGAGCUUCUCCAGACCAUCGCAAGUCAGAGCGGCGUCAGCCUGGCCGCGCUCGAGCGGCAGCUGGCCGGCUCCACAGGUGAUUAUUAUGCUGGCCUCAACCUGAGCACGAAGAUGGGUGAGGAGUCUCCCCUGGACCUGGGUGUGAAGUCUUCAGGGAUGGAUGAUGAUGCACCACUUAACCUUUCACUUAAACCAACGCCUGCGAGUUCGCAAGCUUCAGACGCACUAUCAAGACUGACGUCAUUGAGUAGUUCACUCAAUGCGUCUUCAAGCCAUGACAGGAUAUCCCGCCGCAAGCCGGGCGCGCGGCCCCGGCGCGUGGCCCCGGAGCUGGGCCCCGACGCGCCGCGCCCGCGCUCCUCCGGCAGCGAGGACAGCGAGUCAGUUGCCGGAUGGGCGGGUCGGGAAGGUCGGCCGCGGAACCUGGGCCGCGGCGUCAGCAAGCCCAAGAAGAAUACCGUCGCGUCACUGCUGGCGCAGAGUCGCGCGCUCGGACUGCGGCCUGCGCUUGCGCAUCAACUGCUGGCUGAGACUGAUCUGGAGAAACUGAAGGCCCUACUAGGCGAGACGGCGAGCACAGACUCGGAGUGUCCGUCAGACAGCUGUCCGUCCGACUCGGACGCGAGCGACACCAGCCGCCGACCUAAUGAUGCACAGCUUAGACUGCCGCUUGUGCUGGGUUGGAAGCGCGUGACAGUGAUCAAGGGUCUGUCCCGCAACUGCAGCAUCAAGGGCGACGUGACAUACUCCCCGCCGGAACCACACGCGGGGAUCACUAUGAGAUCCCUGCACGAUAUACAGAAUUUCCUGGAAUCGAGUCCCUGCCCGCCGCUGUCAGCAGACAACUUUACCUUCAGCGCGCGCACAGUACUGGGCGAGUACGUGCAGCCCGCCGGCGAUAGCGGGGAGCCGCUCGUCUAUAACGAGAACGAGAUUAACAAGAGGCUAGAAGAAGCCCGCCAGUUAGCGGCUGCGGGCGGGCGGCCGACGCCGCCGCCGCUAGACCGGCGCAUGGAGCUGGCGCGGCUGCAGCAGGCCGCGCGCGACGCCCGGCGGUCCCGGGACCCUGCUGCGGCCCGUCUUGAAAGAUCAGAGAAAGCAGAACUAGCUAAGCGGGAGAAGGAAGCGCGCAGUCAACAACUGCUGGAGCAUAUCAACAAGAAUCGUACGCAGCUGACGAUCGAGCCGCUCCCCACUAUGCCAAAGAGUUGCGACGAGUGGAAAACCCCGGACAUAGUGAUGUGCCCCGCCGCCAAGUCGCACAGGGACCGCACUAUCCCGCCCAUAAGUCUCUCGCUCAUACCGGUCUCGGGGCCCAAAGACCAGAAUUCCCCUUUAAAAACAAUCAAAUUCGACCAAACAGGUUGGAAGGAAGAAAUAGAGGAAUACAAUGCUUUAGAUAAAAUGAAAGACUUCGCCGAAAAAGCGGCCUUUGAUCUUCCGAAACGGAAAGACAAACAAUACGAUUUCUCGCUCAUAAAAUCAGCUGAGAAACGCCUAAAAACGCCAGACAAAGAGAACAAUCUAGAAAAACUCAUCGAAUCAUAUUCUAGAAUAUCUGAGUUUAUAAAUGGGUGCAACUGGUCUAAAUUGCACGGUGACAAAAAGCCUGAAGACCCGAAAGCUUUAGAACAAAAAUAUUUAGACGCUAAAAACGAAUUCAUGUCCGAAAACCUAAUGCUAAUGCCUAAAGACAGCCCAAAAUCAGUUCUAAAAGAAGUAAUCGAUCUCAGUGAGGACGAUGAUGUUCUUAACGAUAUUAUAUCAAAAAAGAUUAAUAAAGGGACGUUCAACGUCGGCAAAGAUGGCGCUUUAUCGAUAUCCGUGCAUUCCCUUGGAAAUAAGGAUGUGACAUCAUCGGCUAAGAGGAGAAAACAGGAGGAGAUAGAGAAACAGAAGUUGGAGGACCACGCUAAGAGGCAACAGGAGAGGGAACUGAAAAGACAACAGGCCAUACUGCUGAAAGAACAGGAGAGAGAACGAAGACGCCAGCACACGACGUUCAUCCGGCAGCUGGACUCGCGGCGGAGAUGGGAGGAGAGAGAGCGGAGGAAGCACCAGAACCUGCUGGACCGCCUCUUAGUCAAGGAGAAGAAGCUGCAGCAGCGCCGGAAGGAGAUGGAACUGCUCUCCGAACUCAGACGGCCACAAGAAGACUCGUCCCUCUCGGACCAGAAGCCGCUGCCAGUUCUCAGCCGGAUCCCGGGCCUCAAGCUGCCCGGACAGGCCAUGGCGGACAUCCUGCAAGUCUACGAGUUCAUACAUAACUUCGGACAAACACUCGGUUUCGACAUGGAUUCGAUCCCAACCCUGAACACGUUCCAAAUGGCCCUGCUGCCUGACUGCAGCGUGGAGGCCGAAGAGGAACUGCUGCAGGUCCUGACACAACUGCUCAUCACUGCUAUAGAGGACCCUGGCAUCCCCCACCCUGGGCGCCACACGACGCUGCUGGGACACGCCAUCCGCAUGGGCGACAUCACGCCACACAACCUGAGCGAGGUUCUCCGGAUAUACCUGUAUGCUAACGCGACAGGGGAAGUCAAGGCUCUUACAGGAUUAACAGCGGAACGUGAACGCGAGCGCCGCGUAGCCGACCACCACCAGUCCGACGCUGAAAUGCAACACACCGCCGUGAGCACACGGAACGCCGCGUAUUACGAACAUUUACAUGCUAAUGCUACGUAUAAACUGUCAGAGGCUCUCCGCGACAAAUCAUUCCUGGCUCUGAACGCGACCAUGAAGGCCCGCAUCCUAGCCUUCAUAUGCGACGAGCUGCUCCAGAACAAGGCUGUACUGAGGCAGCUGGACGCCUCCCUCGAACAUCUCAACCAGCUGAAGAAGGAACGGUAUCUUAUGGAUAUGAAGAUAAGAAAGGUCCGAGUCCUGCACCAACGUAAAGUCCGCGCAGAACAGACUGAGAAGCAACAAGCUUUAGCACUUGAGCGUAUGCAACGGCUUGUUGAAGAGAGUGCUGCUAACCUCGCGCCCUCGCCACAACUGCAUGAUGAUGAAAAUCAACAAACACCAGAAAAAGCAGAAACACCUAAAAAGCAAGAAAAAGAAUCCUCCCCACACCCUGAGAGCGAAACAGACAAACAAUCAGACAUCACAUCACCAUACAAAGAAAACACUGUCACAGAGGAAAGUGACAAGGAGUUGUCGCCUCUAAAGGAUCUCUCGAAUAGUAUGAAGAAUAAGGAAAUGUUGAACAACAAUAAGGACGAAUGUUCCCCGGCGGAUAACUCGAAGAUUGACAAGGAUAGCGUUAUGGGUGACUGUGAUGCUAUUUUGAGUGAUUUGGAGAGUGAGGGCACACAGCCAGAAGAGGACGAAGACAAGAAUCUAUCAUCAGAGGAGUUGUCUCGGAAGCUGGAGAAGUUGCUGAAGCAAUCAGAACAACAGCUGUUACAGCUGACCGCGGGGUCACACGCGCUCAGAGCUACAUGCUACGGACAGGACCGUUACUGGCGUCGCUACUGGUCCCUGGGCAAGUGCGGCGGGAUCUUCGUGGAGGGCAUGGAGUCAGCUCAGCCGGAGAUCAUGCUGUACCACCAGCAGCUGGAAAACAACGCGCUGCGGGGGAACAGCCCGCCUGAUAGCAGCAAGAAGAAGAAGAAAGCACCAAAAGAGAAAAAGGAAUCCCAAGAGGAGAAGAGCAACCCAGAAACAGAGGCGCAGAAGAAGGAAGAAGCUCUCAAGAGUGAGAUGGAGUUGAAGAGCAUUAAAUCUGAGUUGAACUUGAGUGACCACACUCAGAUCAUUAAGUACGAGCCUAAUGUUAAACAUGGGGCUUGUAAGGUUGAAGGCUCAUCAAUAAAAAUGGAAGAAAAAUACAUUCAACAGAAAAACAACGAGGAACAAGAUAUGCUGGACAUCGAAGACUCCAUCCCAACCGCCUUCCUCGUACAGAAACCGACGCACAAGCCAAUGUUCGCGACACAAGCCGAACCCAUGGACAAACCACAGGAAAUCGUCAAAGUGGAGAACGUCGUCAAAGGCGAGGCCGAAAACGAUGACCUCGAAGAAAACAAAGACACACUGGUCAAUAACUUGGAGGAACUAAGGAAAAUGGCCGAAGCUGUCUCCAUACAACUCGACGCAGCGAAAAAAGAAGCAGAGAAAGAAGAGCAAGAGAAAAUCAAGAACGAAACCCUAGACUCAAACUCCGCUCAUUUGCAACUAUACUCGAAAAUGCUAGACGGAAAAUGGUUCUCAAUAUUAAGACACGAAAGCUCAUUUUUGAAUAACAUCAACGAAAUAGAAAAACAAGAUUUGCCUGAGUUUUGCGAUAACGAACACACUUGUUCCGAGGUCAUUUUGUGUCAAGGUCAUAAGUGGGACGUGUCGAAUAACCUUCACCUUUUGAAUGACCCGAGUCUGUUUACUCUGAACUCUAUGGUUACUAGUGUGCAAGUACCGUCGAAUAAUGUCUAUGCGGACUCUAGUUUGACUAUGUCUGGUUUGGAGCAAGAGGUUAUAGACAAUAGUUUUAAUAAGGAUGGUAGUGUUCAUGAAACGGAAGUUGAGGAAGAGAAUAAAGAACAGGACAACGACUUAGAAAAAGAACUUCAAGCCGACGCUCUAAAACACGACUUGCUAGUCCAGAAGGCCAAAGCUAAUAGCCUAACAAGUCUAGGGCUGUUGAACUUCAACGCUUUGUCCACAUAUGUCACUUGCGACAGUCCCCCGCCGAUACAGAUGUCUGCUGAGGAGGUGGAGCAGUUGGAACACUGCAAGGUGCAUGGGCUCCCGAAGAAGGUUGAAGGGAAUUACGUGCCUAGGGAGUUGAGACACGGCUGGUGGCGUGUGACAGAGACGGAAACACUCCGCGAGCUGCUGGACGCGCUGCAUCCACGAGGAGUGAGGGAGAGAGAGCUACAUGCUGCUCUCACCAACCAUCUGCCCACCGUUAAUAAUAAGCUUUACAUCGAGAAAGGCGACAUAUUGGGUACAGAGCUAUGUGUCUCCCACCUGGACCGCGUCAUCGCACAAAAUGGCGGCUUCCCGUCACUCGACACGUCACACUCCGUGCAUACACAACGGAGACUAGACAUGCAGUUACUGAAUAUGGUGGAGCAGCUAGAGGAGCGCGUGGCCGCCGCGUCCAUGCAGGUGAAGGGCUGGCGGCCGUCGCGCGCGGCGUCGCCCGCGCCGGCCGAGCCCGUGGCCCGCGCGCGCCACAAGCUGCAGGCGCUGGAGGCGCACAUCGAGAGGAGGUACCUCAAGCCGCCGCUCGUGCAAAGGUACGCUAGUACAUCCGAGGCGACACUAGGCGCCGUCCUGCAAGGGGAACAUGGAAACGCGUCCGCGCCAUCACCGCAGAACUCUGAUGGGAACGAAGGAAAAGCAGACAACAAGGGCAUAGCCCGAGGCCUAGCCACGUGGCGCGAGGCCGUCUCCCGCUGCAACACGUCGGCCCAACUGGCCAUGCUACUCCAUGCCCUGGAGGCCGCAGUAGCCUGGGACAAGAGCAUCAUGAAGGCGGUACGUAUGAGGCAUAACUGUCAGUUUUGCUUGUGCGGAGACAACGAGGACCAGUUACUGCUGUGUGACGGCUGCGACAAGGGCUACCAUACGUACUGCUUCAAGCCUCGUAUGGAUAAGAUACCUGAUGGUGACUGGUACUGCUGGGAGUGCGUGAACAAGGCCCGCGGCGAGCGUGUCUGUAUCGUAUGCGGCGGGGCCCACGCCGGGGCCCGGACCAUCCCCUGCGCGCUGUGCUCGCGGGCAUACCACCAGGACUGCCAUUACCCGCCGCUACUCAAGAACCCGCGCGGCAAAUGGUACUGCUCGCAGUGUAUUUCUCGGGCUCCGCCUAAGAAGCCGCGGAAUACUAAGAAACGCGAGGCUAAACAUCGAGAUUUGGAUCUAGACCAAACCAUGGUCCCUAGUCCUGCAGCGUCCCUCGCUUCAACAUCCACAACGGCUGAAGAAUGCUCGGGCAGUGCGUUACACACUCCCGAGAAACACGAUGAUAAACUGGACGAUACUCUGCCGGAUAACGAGAACGGACUCAACCAUCACUCGCAUACAGGCGAGCUGAGUGCUGAAGAAGCUCCCCCGGAGAAACGGCGCGCGAUACACUACGCCGGGAACGGGGCGCUACAUGACGACAGUGAGACACAGAUGGACGUCGAAGACCGAGACACGGAGAACGUGCCGCUGGUGUCCAGGAGCAAGAAGGAAAAGGGCUCCGCCAAGAAACAGAAAGAGCAGAUACAGUUCUGCAACGCGGCGCUAAGGAACUUGCUCUGCGAGAUGGAGUGCCACGAGCACGCGUGGCCGUUCCUGUUGCCGGUCAACACCAAGCAGUUCCCGCAGUACAAGAAGGUCAUCAAGUGCCCCAUGGACCUGUCCACCAUCAAGAGGAAGCUGCAGGAUAAUAUUUACAAAUGCAAAGAAGAAUUCGCGUCUGACGUCCGUCUAAUAUUCAGCAACUGUGAGGUUUUCAACGAGGAUGACAGUCCGGUUGGACGCGCGGGACACAACAUGAGACAAUUCUUCGACGAACGAUGGACACAGAUUUGACACCAACUUGACAAUACCAACCAUUAAUGGGCAAAGAGUUUGAACAAAUAUUGUUGGACUAAAGGUUUGAACAAACAUUGGUGUUGGGUGACGUUUGUUGACAAACAUUCUUCGAGAGCGACUACGGUUGUUGGCUAUGCCAAUUUAGAACUCAAAUAUGCAAAUCUAUUUGCUGUAUCUGACAAAUGUUGGUCAGUUGGACUGUUCGUUGAUAUACACUCGUGAAAUGACUAAACUGUGCAAAGUUCUUGCAAAUUUUGUUCUUUAUUUUCGAGAUUAUGAAUGUAAGCAAGCAAACUUUCGUAAGGUUAUGAUCUUAAUAUUAACGCGAAACAUGCAUUUAUCUUGUUUAUUAACAUGCAUCGUGAAUUAUAAAGUUAAUUCCGUUUUCCGUAUACGACAUUUUACGAGCAUGUAAAGUAACAAUAUGAUUCGUGUUAGUUCAUUGAAAUCCAACUAGAUGGCGUUGCAAACUUUAGAAAAGUUUCAUUAUAGCAGAGCGCCAUCUAUGAUUUUUAAUUGUAAUUAAAAUUGUGAAAACAUACUUGAAUAGGUGAUUUUUUAUUGGAUUUUAAAGGCAGGGAAUAUCGUGGAAUAAUAAUAGAAUGGCAAAAAAGAAGUGAUAUGAAAGGUUGUAUUAUAAUUUAGUUGUAAUAUGUAAAGGACGCCCAUAUACUCGGGGCAUGAGUGAGAAAGGGACAGAACAUUUUCUUUUAUAAAGAAACUAACAAUUUGAUCAGCGAUAUCUCUUUUCAUUACCGUAGGAGUGACAAAGAUAGAUAUAUGAGUAAGUUUUUAAUUAAUCUGAUUUGAUUGCUUUUUAAGACUUGUAAUUUUCUGUGUGACGAUAUAAUUCUAGUAGUAUCAAAAGAAAACAGAAAACAUUUUUUUUAUGUUAUUGUAAUAAAUGUAGCUACAAAAGUGGUUGCGAAAUACCUACGUCACAUUCAAAAAAUAUUUUUAAGUUAUUAGCUUUUCUAAUGACUACUAUAAACACACAAUCACUUUAAAUUAAACUUAUAAUCAAAAUGCAAGCAAAUUAUUUCGAAAAAUUAAAAAAAAAACCUUCAUUCCAAGAUCAAAACAAGAAUCAUUAAUGUGAUACUUUAGGAUAACAUUCCAACAUUGAUACGACUGGCCGUUACACACAUAUUUAACAAAAAGAUAUAUUUCACAAAAAAAAACACCCUUUGUCAAAACCUUUUUGUGAAUUUACCUUUUUUUGACAAUGUGUCAACGACCAUAAGCUUUGACAGCCCGAAUCUCAAAUCGACAAGUGAUUAUGAAACAACGCACACAAACGUUGUUUUAACUAAUAUGUAAAUAGUAGUCGAUAAAAUUAAUUUAAAAUAUAGAUAAAAAUAUAUUUUUAAGAAAUAGUUAAUAGAAUUUUUCGAAUGUUAUUUUUGUAAUUUGAGCUUGCAACGAAGCAGUAUUUUUAUGGAUUUCCGCAUUUGAUUGUUCGUUAGCGUUCUUGUGGUUGAUUUUGAAUGAUAUUUACUUGACGUAAGGCAAAUUUAUCUACUUACUACAUAAAGGUUUGACUUUCAUGUCUAUCUGGGAUUUGAUAUUUAUAUUUUCGUAAAGUGAUUUGGAAUUGUAUAAAAAAUAUUUUGGAAUCAAUAUUAUAGUUGACUUAAUUCGCCAGUUUGACUAGUUUUUAAUUUAAACCAUUUCAUUCAACUUCUCAAUUAGCAUUUUUAUUCAUUACUGUAGUUGCUAUGUAUAUCAAAUAUUUUUAACAAAAAUCCGAUUUUCCCCUUUACCUUCAUAAUGCUUAUCAAACUUAAUCUAUUAAACAAAAAUCCCUACUUAAAAACCAGCUUGAUUUUCCUGCAAUUUAAUU